AUGGACAGCCCGCCGCCACAGAGAAAGGCGGCUGGCUUCGUCCCUCCACCGGGCCUGGGCUCCCCCAUGCAGGAGCCAGAAGCCAUGCAACGACGCCCAGAGGACAUGGCUGGCGCAAAUGUGCCCGGAAGAGGGCUGGACCAGGCUAUGGCCGACUACGCUUUCCAACACUAUCAGAGCUGGAGUCCACCCAAUGCAGGCAAGGGAUCGGCUGGCUACGGGAACAGAGCCAUGCCCGCCGGCCCUUCUCGUGCACCAGGGGCCCACCUUGCACCCCAGCCUGGCGCUGGGAUGCCUGGCUCAGCGGGCUCAGGAAAGGGCAGUGCCGUGGCACAAUCCGCCUUGCAGUCUCUGCAGAUGUUCCAGGGCUCUGAUGGCCGUGGGGCGGAGGAGACCUCUGCGAUGCAGCGAGCGGCAGCGGAGCAGUUACAAAAGCAGAGGAUGGCGGAAGCCCGCAACGACCCGGAUGCACAGCGCUCAGCAGCCGAAAAUGCAGCGCUGGAAAAUGCGAGGAGGUUAAAAAAUUCUCCACUGGUCCAAGAUUUGGCGUCGAGAAACGCCAAUGUGUCGAAAGGCAAAGAAGAAAAGCGCUACUCAGGAAUCCUUAAGGUCUUCCGGCCAGAGCAUGGCUGGGGGUUUAUCGAGAAUCCAGAGCUGAAGAACAAGUUUGGUCAUGUCCAGAGCCAGUAUACACAGGUCAUUUUUCGAGUUCCAAGUGACGUCCAUGGCAGACCCGUGCUGUGCGCUGAAGGUGUCGGACCAUGCAGCUGCGAGCUGUACCCGAUUUGGGGUUGCUGUCGACCGCAAUUCCAGGAGGUGAACGAUUCCGAUGACCGUGCUGAGGACGUGACAGAUGGAACACAAAGUCAUGCACCUCAGGGCCAGUCACCGAUACUUCGAUAUCGAGCGAGGAGCAAGGAGCCACAUGCCAUCAAGCUCUGCGGCUUAACAGCUCCCAGGCUUAUUCAGGCUUUCGUGUGGCGCGUGGCGAACAUAUCAGUGAAGGCCGUGCAGGUUCGGCGAGUUGAGGCGUUGAUCAUCAGCCUGAUCUUGGUGGCCUUAGGUGUCGUCCUAACGCUCGUUACGCUUGUCGGCGGCCUCUCUCGCGGGGUUCUGCUCGAACGCUUCGGCUGGAUCACGCUGGCCAAUGGCCCGGAGUUCCGCUACCUGGGCAUGCGCUUCGCUUGCCUCUCCGAGGGCUCCUUGCGAAGCCCCGCAUUUGCGGAACGUUGGUCAGGUAACCACGACCGAUGUGUACCACUGAAUGCUCUGGCCUGUCCUGUCGAAGAACAGCUAAGAUCCGAGAGAUUCUCCAAAAGCGGGUUCUCCUUGCAGCUGGAAAGGGUCCAGUGCAGUGCCUGCCGCAAUGCCACAGCUGUACUGUUGCUGCCGAUCCUCAUUACCAUGGCGACCUAUGUGAAACUAAUUCAAGGAACAACCGCACGAUUGAUGUGGCGCGACACUGCCAUCAACAAGGUUCUGCUGGUGCUCUCUGGGAUUAUCGGAGGGAUAGCGAACUUGGGCCUGAUGGCAAUUUACCAUGGCACCUGCAUCACCACGUUACGCCGCGCAGAGCUUUUCCUGCAGCCGGAGCUGGGCCCAGGCUUCGGCUGUCUGCUACUGGCCACAGUCUGCAAGAUGCUGGCAGCCCUCCUGAACUUGUGCCUUGGAGUUCAUCGUCAGGACGUGGACCCGCACCCUGACGUCUGCCACGAUGUUUUCCUGAACCAGGCUGUGGAAGGCGGCAUCAAGCUGGGCAGCCUUGUCAGCUUCACCCUGGAGAUGAGCAAGGACGGCAAACCCCAGGCGCGGAAUGCCAGAAUGGAGGCCGAAAAGGUGGACAGACCGAAAACUUCAGCUCCAGGACAAGAGGCACGGGAGCUCGUUGGAAAGGUCUUUAAGGGCCGAGUAAAGUCCUUCAACGCCACGAACGGCUUCGGCUUCCUCACAUGCGAGGAGCUGAAAAGCAAGUUCAAUGGCCGAGAUAUUUACGUGAAUCACACCCAGGUGCCGGGCGGAGGACCGCUGAUCUCAGGGCAGUGCUCUCAGCUCUCAGCUGUGGCUGUGGGAUUUUGUCACAUGACAGGUGGAUUUCGUAGCGGAGCGCGAAGGGUUGUGCAAUGUUUUAAUUAUGAUGCAGACAACAUUUCCGUUUCCUGCCGAACCGGCUGUUGGUCUUGUCCAGAAAAUUUAUCGCAUCUAUUCAAACAGCCGAUGUUCGCGAAACUGCGGUCGUACACCAUGGUCAUCCAGGUUGCAGGUCUUGAAGCGAAAAGGCUCUUGGAACUUGUGAGAUCGAAGUAUGACCUCUGA